AUGCCUCGCAAACGAAAGUCCAAUUUAGCUAAUAGCUCUAGCAGAACUCGGGCUGCUAAACUUGCUAGAUCACUGGAAUCAGAAGAGGAUUCACAGAUCCGUCGGACUUUAGAUGCCGAGCGUCACGCAGCUCAAAGGGCUGCUGAAACUUUUGAGCACACGCAGACCCGUCAUAAUUUAGACGCUGAUCGUCAUGCUGCACAAAGGGCUGCAGAGACCCCUCAGCAGACCCAAGCUCGCCAAGUCAUUGAUGCCGAACGUCACGCGGCUCAAAGAGCUGCUGAGACCUCUCAGCAGACCCAAGCUCGCCAGGUCAUUGAUGCCGAACGUCACGCGGCUCAAAGAGCUGCUGAGACCUCUCAGCAGACCCAAGCUCGCCAGGUCAUUGAUGCCGAGCGUCACGCGGCUCAAAGAGCUGCUGAGACCUCUCAACAGACCCAAGCUCGCCACGUCAUUGAUGCCGAGCGUCACGCGGCUCAAAGAGCUGCUGAGACCUCUCAACAGACCCAAGCUCGCCACGUCAUUGAUGCCGAGCGUCACGCGGCUCAAAGAGCUGCUGAGACCUCUCAGCAGACCCAAGCUCGCCACGUCAUUGAUGCCGAGCGUCACGCGGCUCAAAGAGCUGCUGAGACCUCUCAACAGACCCAAGCUCGCCACGUCAUUGAUGCCGAGCGUCACGCGGCUCAAAGAGCUGCUGAGAUCUCUCAGCAGACCCAAGCUCGCCAAAUCUUAGAUGCUGAGCGUCAAGCUUCGUACAUAGCCGCAGAGACCUCCGAAGAAACACGUAGAGGACGUUUAAUUAAUUCCGAGCGGCAAGCAGAAAGGAGACGUACGUUUACGAUGAAUACGUGGGAGGCAUUUGCCGAUGCUGCUUUUGAUUAUGAUCCGUUAAUUGAUUACUUUAAUCAUCGAUUAGUCCUCAUAGGUAGAAUGGCCAAUAAAUGCAGACACUGUGAUGCACUCAAGUGGAAGGAAGAGACCCCAGUUGCCUGA